UCACUACGCCUCCGCGGGCGCUGUGGGAGGGAGGGGUCACCUAGUUCUUAAACAUUCUGCCAACCCGGGAGCGGGAGCCGACCUCCCAGCAGCUCGGUCUGCGCCGCGUCGCCAUGUCUGAGGGGUCCACCAAGAGCCUGGCGAAAGGGAGCGCGCCCCCAGGGCCGGUCCCGGAGGGGCUGAUCCGAAUCUACAGCAUGAGGUUCUGCCCGUUCGCCCAGAGAACCCUCCUGGUCCUGAAGGCCAAGGGAAUCCGGCAUGAAGUCAUCAACAUCAACCUGAAAAAUAAGCCUGAGUGGUUCUUUACGAAGAAUCCCUUUGGGCUGGUACCAGUUCUGGAAAACAGUCGAGGUCAGCUCAUCUACGAAUCUGCUAUCACUUGUGAAUACCUAGAUGAAGCAUAUCCAGGGAAGAAGCUAUUGCCAGAUGACCCCUAUGAGAAAGCUCACCAAAAGAUGGUCCUUGAGUUAUUUUCUAAGGUACCACUUUGGGUAAAAAACUUUUCUGGAAGACAAAAUAAUGAAGAUUGGUCUGACCUAAAAGAAGAAUUUUGUAAAGAACUCAACAAGCUAGAGGAGGUGCUGACCAAUAAGAAGACAACCUUCUUUGGUGGCAGUUCUGUUUCUAUGAUUGAUUACCUCAUCUGGCCAUGGUUUGAACGGCUAGAAGCCUUGGAGUUACAUGAGUGUGUAAGCCACACUCCAAAACUUGGGCUCUGGAUGGCAGCCAUGAAGAAAGACCCUGCAGUGUCAGCCGUCCUCACCGAUGUGAAGGCUUAUCGAAGUUUCUUAGAUCUCUACCUGCAGAACAGCCCCGAGGCCUGUGACUGUGGGCUCUGAUGGGGGCAGGAGUCAGCAGUGAAGCUCUGUCUGAUAGUUUCCUUCACUUAAUAUGAAUAAUAAUAUGCUUCUCUUUUACCAA